UUUCAACUAAUUUUAAUUUGAUAAAUCCAAUUUUACUGAUGUAUCGUUCAACUCCUCAUCGUAACCAGGAUCCCCUCCUUCGUCCUCCAAGGAUGCCUGAUCGUCCACUUACCCCUUAUAUGCGUUAUAGUAAAAAAGUUUGGCCAGAAGUACGGGCAGAGAAUCCGGACAGUCCUCUAUGGGAUUUUGGAAGAAUAAUUGGCCAACUUUGGAAUAAUUUACCUCCUGCUGAGAAAUUGGUAUAUCAACAAGAAUAUGAAGUUGAGAAGUCAAAAUAUGAGGAGGCUGUGAAAAACUACAACGCUACUUAUGCCCAAUAUAUGGCCUCCAAAAGUCGAGUUAAAGGGUCACAACAGGACAAAGUUGGCAGUGGUGGUGUUAAUUCUAACAGAAAAUUAAUGCCAGAAGCAAAUGUUCUUUCAGGAGUAUUUAUUCAACCUGUGGAUGAUGAAGACCCAUUAGAAAUGGCUGGGAAGAGAAUGGCUGCAAUACGUUAUGAUCGAAAUAAUCGUUUAAUGGCAGAAUUGUUUUCACCUAAUUAUAUGCCCGAUUCCCGAACAUUUGUGCCACAACAAAAAAUUGAACAUUUUCGUAAGCAAAGUCAGUCUUUAGAACAACAUCAAAAUAAAUUAAAUGAUGAAUUGGCAAAAUUAGAAGAAAUAUUUAAUCAAAGAAAGAGUGCAAUAGAAGAAGUUUCAGAAGCUCAUUCGGAAAAUAUAAAAAGAUUAUGUCAAGACAAACCUCAUUUAGACCAAGAAAAAUAUAACAAAAUUGCUGACGAAUACGGAGAAAAUUUAUUGACAAGUUGGAAACUUUUUGAACAGAAACAGGCAGCAAUUCAAGCUAAAUUAGAUGCUGAUAAACGUGCUAAUCCAAUACUUAAUGAUCUAAUAAUUAGCAAAACACCUCCUUCUUACCAAACAAAUGAAGAGAAAACUGAUACUGAAAAGGAAGAGGAAAAUAGCGAGCAAUUAAUUAAUAGCAAUGAAGUAAAUGAUGAAAGUAAAAUGGAAUCAUAA